AAAAAAAAAAAUAUGAUAAUGAUGGUGAUAAUAAUGAACUGUAUUUAUUUAUUUAUUUAUUUUAGAAUUGAUAUGUAUAUGCACCCAGGAAAUAAUUUUUACAUUAUGACUACUGCGUAAGGGGGCAAAAGUCACCCAGCAUGUAGGUUCAGGUGGGUUUGUGUAAAUAUUGGUUGUCUCUGGAUGAGAUGACUGGACCCUGUUAAGUGUGUGUGUGUGUGUGUGUGUGUGUGUGUGUGUGCGUGCAUCCAUAAGGCGAGUUAUAAUUAGCACACAUUGGGAUGACUGGGAAGGGUCACGUUUCCUCUGGAGGUUCAGACAAAAAAAUAGGGAAAAAAAAGAAUAAAGUUAAUGUGAGUGAAAGAGAGAGAUGUGAGUAUUGUUGAUUAGUUUGCAUGUUUUUAGGGGGGUCUGGGGCCAAAUAUAUCUGUGAACAAGAGGGUGACAACACAGACAGGAGGGUCGAGUUAAAGAAAGAAAGAAAGAGAGGGAGAGAGAGGGGUGGGGAAACAGACAGAGAGAUUUAUUUCCACAGCUGACAGUGACGCUCCCGUCCAGCACUCGUUUUUGGAGGUGAGAGAGGGACUAGGAGAGGAAAGAAGUGGGAAAACUCGCAGAAAGAGGACAAAUAAAACAGACAGCAUGGACGCCUUGGCUUUAGAGGCCACGCAGCCCAAAAAGGCUCAGAACGGGGCCGCGGCUCCGGCCCCCGGGGCCCCGGCCAAACGCAAACCGGCUAAAAAGACUAAGAAAGCUGUGGUCUUUUUCGAGGUGGAGAUUCUGGACGCCAAGACGAAGGACAAGCUCUGCUUCCUGGACAAGGUCGAGCCCAAUGCCACUAUCGGGGAAAUCAAGUCCAUGUUUCACAGGAGCCACCCUCAGUGGUAUCCGGCCCGUCAGUCCAUCCGUUUGGAUCCCAAGGGAAAGUCUUUGAAGGACGAGGAUGUGCUGCAGCACCUGCCUGUGGGAACCACAGCCACCUUUUACUUCAGAGACCUGGGGGCCCAGAUCAGCUGGGUCACGGUGUUCCUGACCGAGUACGCCGGCCCGCUGCUCAUCUACCUGAUGUUCUACUUCAGGGUCCCCUUCAUUUAUGCGCCCAAGUACGACUUCACCACCAGCAAGCACUGGGUCGUACAUCUGGCGUGCAUGUGCCACUCGUUCCACUACGUGAAGAGGCUCCUGGAAACGCUGUUCGUCCAUCGCUUCUCGCACGGGACCAUGCCCCUCCGAAACAUCUUCAAGAACUGCACGUACUACUGGGGCUUCGCGGCCUGGAUGGCGUACUACAUCAACCACCCGCUCUACACGCCGCCCAGCGUUGCAGCGUACGGGGAGCAGCAGAUCAGACUGGCCCUCGUCGUCUUCCUGUUCUGUCAGAUCGGAAACUUCUCCAUCCACAUCGCUCUGAGAAAUCUCCGGCCGCCAGGAUCUAAGACCCGGAAGAUCCCGUAUCCGACUAAAAACCCCUUUACGUGGAUCUUCCUGCUGGUGUCGUGUCCUAACUACACGUAUGAGCUGGGCUCGUGGCUGGGCUUCACUCUGAUGACCCAGUGUCUUCCCGUGGCCUUCUUCACGCUGGUGGGCUUCAUCCAGAUGACCGUGUGGGCCAAAGGAAAGCACCGCAGCUACCUGAAGGAGUUUCGUGACUACCCCACGCUCCGCUCGCCCAUCCUGCCCUUCAUCCUGUAGGACGGAGCCGCACAGCACCCCCCUCGUCUUUUUAACCUUUUCCUCGUCGUCCCUUUAACCAUCUCUUUUAUACCGUGUCACGGGCAUCUUUACUGCGCUCGCUCGUCUCCUGAAGCGGCCCGGACCGUAGCGCCCUCUGGGGGUCAUCUGGGGGAUCUCACGAAAACGCUCUGGGUUAUUAUCCAGUCGGUCAAAAGGACUUUUGCACAAAGAAAAUAGAGCACAUUUUAGGACCAUGAAGUUUUUUUUUUUGACAUUUAAACGUUUUCAUUGACUGCUGUGACGCGGGGGGGAAAAAAGCUGGUGUACAACGUGAACGUGUCGCUUGACGGCUGAUGAUUGUAAUAAAAUCAUUGUGUCUGGACAACGCAUUACAUUUCUGCAGUGCAUGAAAAUGAAGGGAAGUUUUAAUGCUCAUCUAAUAUAAUACACAGCAACAUCAUUUCCCCCCAGACAGGGACGCUCUUCAUUAGAGUCCCCUUCUUGUCAUACACCAUCCUAAAUAUGAAAGUCAAGUUUUCAUCAUCAUCAUCAUCAUCAUCUCACAAACACAAGAUAUUCAGAGGAAUGUUGCUGAUCGGUUACUGGUAGCCGUUGAAUGUGUUUCCCUAAAGGUCGAUGGCUUCCAGCAACUUUCUUCUAAAUAUCUCCUGUGUUCAGGAAGAAGCCGGUCCCACGUGUGUGUGCAGUACUUGUGCUCAGAGUCGUCCUGUAUUUCGAGUGCACUACGUGCACAGAUCUCUGAUCACGGCCGUGACUUCAGUAAAGAUGUUUCGUUCUGCUCGUCACUCAAUAACCAAAACGCUAACGAGAGGACCUGGAGCAGGCGUCCUGCGUGAAGCUAAAGCUAACUUGGCGCAGGCUGCAGGUGUCCCAACUGUUCUUGUUGACCUAACGAUUUGUAUAAAAUAAAAAAUCAAGUGACCGGCU